AUGCGUGAGCGCGUAACUUUUAUCCACAACGACUAUAGUCUUGAUCCUGAGGCUUUGGAUAAUCAGGAUGCUGGAUUAUUGGGGCCCCAGAUCGAGACAGUUCGUCAGGACAAGCUCACUAUUCCUUUCAAUGAGCUGCCUGCUGAGCUCACCGACAUACUUCAAGAAUAUGAAGCCCUUCACAUCAGAUGGGCCAGUCCUGUCAAGUCGGAGACAAUGGACCCUUUCACCUCUCGCAUCUCACCGGGACUCCACGUCUAUGCUACUCCAGUCUCGCCAAACUCUUGCAACCCAACAAAACUUUGUAGUUGGCUUCAGAGAUUCGGUCCACUAGACUGUUCCAAGCCAGAGGCCUUCACCGAGUUUCAGCAAAGCACCUCCGCUUCACCGAGUUUCUCAUUCUACCAAGCACUCGAGGACUUGCAUUCUUUCAUAACCACUAGUUCUCAGGAAUUCUGCCCUGAGCUCGAUUCGGUCUGUAACGCUCGACUGCGCAGCCUAUUGACGGCUACUGGCCUGGACUUGUCUUUUGACAAGACAACGAACGCUCUUGUCACCUCGGCACUAUGGCCUCUUCGACCUCAAACUGUCGCAGUCCCCGCAUCUACCGCGAGGAGGGUGGAGGUUGGCAUUUUUGUCAAUGAUCGAUCGCAGCCAAACAUGAAGGAGAAUGAGCUCGGAGUUGCUGGCGUGUUGUCUGUGCUUGGUGACCAGAAGAAGCCUUCACCAACCAUUUUUACGUUUCCUGCCCGACAUCGUAGAGAUGAACUGGUUUUCAACUCCAAAUUUCUCACGCCUACAGGACUUCACCCAACCUUACAACUUAGCUUCAGCUCCAACAAGCUUCCAACCGCCGAUGGUGAGUGUGUACCCUACGCGUUCUUGACACUGCCCAAGACGAUUUUUGCGGACCGGUAUCAACUAGGAGAUGACUUGUUCCUGGCGUCCAAGAACCUCACCGCUUUGCGAUACACAACUCUUCCUGUUGAUCUCGAAGCUCCAGCAUAUACUACCGAGACUUGGGGUUCCAGCAUUCUUCUUGGUCUCUCGCCUCCCGAUCCUAGCACAGAGCAGCCAUGGAGCGUUGAAAUCCCGCUACACCUUCGAUACCUCAAACCUUCAUCGAGUGGCCAAGUUGAGAUUGAGAUUCCUUAUCCCGCUGUCUUUUGGGCAUGCUCCUCGGACGAGGGCACCUUAGAAAGCCCAUUCGACAGGUUGCAUGUGGGGUAUGAUGACUUGUUCUCUCGUGACACCGUCUUUUGGCACGCCAACCCUCAACCGGAAGGUAGUAGUAGACUCAUGAACAGAGUCAUAGUACCUGUGCUUGACGAUGAAGGGGUAGGUCCCAUCAGGUCAGGCACAGCUAUUGCUGUUGCGAUUGGUUUUGCUUGGGUUAUGUGGAAGUUGGUCAGCGUCAUGCUGAAGUCUGAUAGAGCACCAGCCGGAGUUACGAAGACGUCGCAAAAGAAGCCUCACUCAAAGUAA